AUUUGUUGUCUGUCAACACUGAUAUUUUCGAUCGGCAGCAGUGAUUUUCAAUCGUUGACAGAUUCUUAUAGUUUGUUUAUGUGAAUUGAAAGAAACUUAAUCAAUAAAAUACAUUUUCCAUCUGUACAAUAAAUAUCACAUUUAAAUUUAUGAGAUAUGGCUGGUCUUAUAGAAUUCUUUAUGCAAUCAUUCGCACCUAAGAUAAAUCCGAACAAUUAUGUAGAUAUUAAGCCACUCGUUGAAUUCUGGUCCAACUGUAGUCCGAUAACGUUAAAAUAUAACCAGGAGUCUCUCAACAGUGAAAUACGUUCGUCAAUAAUUGCAAACCUAUGCGCCAUCCACCGAGUACAAGGCCAGUUCCCGCAGUACGGAUUUGAUGCACUGAAAGACAUUUUAAACCAGGCCAUCAAUGAUGACUCUGUAGCCCAAUGGAUUCUUUGUGUCCACUUAACGAAAAUAAAUGAUACGAAAGGGGAUGGAAGUAAGCUUUCUUUCUUGCUGAAUGCUGUCAAAGCGAUGAUUGUAAAUAUUCCUGACCUUCACCACCAAUCUUGGAUCGAAUUAGGGCAAAAAGUUGUGAGACACAAUCAGAUAAUAGAUAUUGUCGCCAGUGUUCUUCAGAAAUUCGGUGUGAAGGCGAAACCACCAAAUCAUAUCCGUUUUGUUAUAGUCAGAAACGAGGUUUCUGAGCUAAGAGGUUUUUCUGGUUUGAAUACCAUUUACAUCAACUGUGAACAUUAUCAAAAUGCUUUUGAAAUGAGCUUCAAGAAUGCCGAACGAUUUAAUUUAGUUGAAAGAGUUGAAUUAGCCUCAAAAAUGAGCCUUAUCGCAUUGGCCAUUCAUGAGUUUGGUCACAUCAAGCUACGUGAGGCGCAUGGUGACUUUAAUUUAAGUACGCCAACGUUGGCUGCAGAAAUGCAACUGCCGGAUGACCAUAAAGAAUUUGGAGCACUGUGUGAAAUAGAAGCUUUCGGGUCGCACGUUGAUUGGAAUAAGUCCCGAUUCGGUGCGGAUUUAUGUUAUAUGCGAUCUUUUCUGAAUGCAAUCGAAACAGGAACGGAACUUCCGAAGGGACCUCUGGGUUUGCUAAUAAAUCGUUCGGAAUGCGAACACUUUUCCGCUGGAGUUGACAUGGACAGUACUUCCUACUAUGAUUAAAGCUGCAAUUUUGUGAAUUUUUGCAUGAAUAAUUUAAGUCCAAAAUUGGUUUUGCGACACAUUGCAUUUCCUUUCAACUAACCAGAAUCAAUGGUACAUUGUGGAGACCCGAUUCGGCAACCACUCACAACCUAAAGUUCAUUUUCGGCAGUGGCUAGAAUGCAGUUAGGUGUGAGGUAACUAAAAAAAAAGAAUCUGUAGUUAUUCGUUGACGAGCAAGUAGUGGGUGGAUGCAUAGUAUGUGUCCGUCGAAUUGAGUAGAUCUUACUAUCUUUGUAGACGUCAGUCUUUCAAUGCAUACAAAAGUUUUAAGUUAUGAGUUUCAUGCUUUCGAGAGCUGUUUUUUUUGCAUGAUUUGGAUUAUAGUAGACACAGUAAACUUCUAUGAAAUCGGUCUGGUGUUCUCUACUCUGAGUUUCGAGUCUCCUCUAGCGAACUCACGCUAGACAUAUCAAAACCACUGGACAACUAUGCCACUAUUACACAAUCUGAAAUCAGUUCAAUCUUUGUAGCAUGCAAGAAUAUGACCUCCCUUGAUGUCAAAGAUAAAGACAUUAACAUAUGUUCAGACAGUCAAGCUUCACUCAAAGCUUCAAAUUCUCACUGUUUUACAUCAAAACUUAUAAUAGAAUGCAUGGAGUCACUGCAUUGCCUUUCCAAUAAUAACAAAGUCAACCUUUACUGGGUCCCCGGACACAGUUGCAUUGACGGCAAUGAAAGAGCUGACAAUUUAGCACGUCUGGGCAGGUAAGCCACCUUUUGUGGCCCAUCACCAGUUUUAAGACUCACCAUGACGCAAAGAGGCGCUUUUAGAAAAUUCUAUAAAACGUAAAGAACAAUGGGAAAAUCUCACUAACUGUAAACAUAGCAGAACCAUAAUCUACGUAAUUACUUACUAGAACCAAUAAACGUAACUA